AUGGCAACGAACCUGCCAGCCACCCCGAUUCUACCCGACGAUCAAAAACUAUCGACCGAUGGUUCAAACUGGUCAAAUUUCAAAGACGGAAUGUUUAACAUGGCCAGAGGACGCGGGCUUGAAGGGUAUCUCACUGGCGCUAUCGCUGUACCUGCCAGCUUUGUUCCAACAUCCCUUGGAUACACUCUUCUAAACUCCUCAUUUCCAUCACCCGACGAGUGGGCGCUUCGAGAUGGAUGGGUGGCUACCAUGCUAUACCAAAAUGUAAAAGAUCCACGAUCGCACGAUAUCAGCGGAUCGGACACUGCACAUCAAAUGUGGACCAGUCUCAUCGGGAAAUUCAACCGAAGUACCGACCUUCUUAUUGGAAUACGCAUGGAGCGCCUACGUGAUCUUCAACUAAAGGACACAAGAUAUCUUCCCGGACAUAUCAAUGAGCUGAUCAAGCUUCGUGCCGAUGUACACGGAAUUGGCAGACAUGUCACCGAUCAACAAAUGUGUACCAUCAUCCUCAAUUCGCUCCCGAAGGAGGAAUUUGGUGCCUCUCUGAUCGUGCUCCAGACCUUUAAUCAGGUCCAAUCCCUAAUCGCACAUCUCAGAGACUGGUGGGAAAUGGUAUGGAUGAAGAAGAUCAGCGAGGAAGUUGCGCAGGGGUUGACAAAAGCUCUUACUGUCAAUGCUACAACGAACACUGGAGGUGCGACUCGGAUUCCAUGUUCUGCAUGUGGCGGCGCACAUCAUCAACGCACCCCAGAUGCCACCGCCAUCAUUACAUAA